AUGAAGCUCUUCGCAGCCCUCCAGUUCCUCGCAGUAACAAAAGCCCUCGCCUCCUCUCUCAAACGAACACAAGCCCUUGAAAUCAGUGACUUAUCGGCAAAUCACUACUCCAACGUUACUCUAGGCACGCUGCAAUUCACCAUCCACGAUCCCAACACAGAUAUAACUGACGAUUGCAAUGUAUCAUGGAAUACAAGCAGUGUAAUCCAACCCGGCCUUGCACUACACAAAUGUCAACACCGACACUUUGAGUUCGGCUUUCGCUAUGGCAUUAGUGAUAUUGAGUUUUUCGCACUGGUUCUGCAGCAGCUUAAUGGGACUGCUCUUGGUUAUUCGGUUGUGACGGCGUAUAGGACGAAUCCGAGGUGGAUUUGUGUGCAGGGGUCAGAGGAGGGGCUUCAGGAGCGUUGUGUUUGGUCAGGGACUUUGAAGGUUGAGGUAGAUUGA